AUGGAGUUUCGCUCCUCAGCUUCGAAGGCGCCACGCACGCCACAUUCACACUCUUCCUCGGCUGCGUCAACGGGUACUCCCUCGACUCCAGGUCUGUGGUCAGUAUCGCAUGCACGCGUGCGCCGCGAAGUUGAGGCGUGGACAGCGAGGCGACACACGGGCUCUGGCAGAGCGCGUGAGUUCGGAGUAGAGCCCAGUCGAGCGCUCGGCUCGCGACGGAACGUGACUCCGAUUCCUGCCGGCGUGCCACUAGGAAACAUCUUUAAUGCUGGAACUUCAAGUCCAGGUCAAUCAGCGCUGGGCGCGUAUGGAAGGGUUUCAGAGAUAUCGGCAUCGUUCGAAGCUGACCUGCCCCAGGAGGCAAUCGACUACCUCGUGACUGACGUGACGUUCGUCUGGGUCCAUAACACAAGCGCGGCCCCGAACACUGUGCUUGUUACGGGAUCUUUUUUGAAAUGGCGUGAAGUUCGCCAACUGCAGCGGGAUACGGAGGAUCCACGCCUUUGGACGCACACGGAGCCGCUGGCUCCUGGGGUGCACCAGUACAAGUUCAUCGUGGACAACGUCUGGCGGCAUUCUCCUGAUCAGCCGACCAUCGUAGAUGAGCGCGGGAUCGUGAACAAUAUCCUCAUCGUCAAUGUCGAGCUCUGCGGCGAUCAGAGUUGUUUCUGUGCGCGCAUUUAUAACAAGAUUAAUUCGAGAGUAUCCGAUAGCGGCGGCGGGGCUGACGGCAGUCAUGCUGACCUCCCCGGCCCAGCGGGCAACCGCUCUUUGCUAUCAAUCCAGCCCCUCAAUGCUGGCGACGAGAGAAAUAUAUCCAGAGACAGUGCAUCCGCUAACACCCAGCGCAUUGCACUUAAAGGUCACACCGGGGUGGCCCUGGAAUACAAAGAAAAACGAAGAGCUGGAAAGGGGUCGCGCGCAGUCGCAGAACUUCGCCCUCGAUCGCUAGCUAGCCUGGUAGGGAUUCAACGAGAGCAGGCUCAGGGCCGCCUCGAUUGCGGAGACGCUCGCCUAGGACGGGCAGAUGAUGUUCAAGGUACGGCGGCUUCGCAGAACACAGCACAGCGAAUGGGCGACGGAACCGUUGACGAGGCACUGCCAGUCUCAUCCCAUGAUGCAGGCGACCGGGCGUCGUUGACUGCAGCUGACAGCAAAAUGCAGAGCGGCUGUGACCCAAGCGCUGCAGUGAAUCUCGAUAGUGAAACUCCAGUACCGUCCAAGACUUUCAUGCACCAUGACAUCAAUGAUGCGCCGUUCGAAGCAACUGUAGUUCCCGACGCGCGAGACCUUCUUAGCGCGGCGACGGAGCUUUUUCCCCUGGAGCAUGUUCUCAAAUUCGAGGAACAACGUCAGCAAGAGGAUAGAGACCCUGAGCAUAUCUCAACGGCACAAGUUGUCAAUGGGGAUCACGCACAAAUGCCAACAAGAGACGGCGUGGAAGGCGUCUUCCCAACAGGCGAGACAGCUGGUAAGGGGGACGCGUCUGGCCUCGAUCCCAGCCAGAUUCUUUCGGGGCGUUUGUCACCAAAAGCUGUGUCUCAUGACCGCACGAUGCGCGUCAUGCAUCUUGUAACAGUUGCAGCAGCAGAAAGUGAAUCAAACGGCGUGCAGUCAUGGCAGACGAAGCACCAGAGCGGUCAUGGGGAAGACUCUUCAUGGGUUGCAAAAGCACGUAGUUUGCCUCUUGAGCACAAUACGUCGUCUGAGGGCGCUGCCGAACUCGAGAUCCCAGUGGAAACCCCAGCAUCGGAUGCAGAGUCCAGCCCCUGGGAACCGCGUCAGCGACCGCCACGUCGUAACGCCGUCGGGCGGGACGGUGGCGACGUUAUCCCCGAGGGUGCAAUGUCGCGUGUGAGUUCCCUCAAUGAAAUACGCAUGCAGCAUGCGCAGCUAUUGAUGAGCGAGUCAGACGUGCAAAUCGCCGGUACAGACAACAGGAGCGGAUCGCGAGAAGCACCGGAACGAGUGGCGGCGGCGCCAUGCCGAGUUGGGGAUAGCACGCAACCGCGGACUGAGGCGGUCCCCAAACCCGGACUCCUUGCACGAACGUCGUCAGUUGACGCGAUUAUGCGGCCGAAACGGGUUCCACUUGAGCUCCAGUACGCCUUGCGAGCAGAGUUUAGCUCGCCCAGUUACGGCUUCGAUCCACAAUCCUGUGCUGCGGAUAUUGUUCUAUCGGCAGGAAACCAGUGCGCGAGUCUUCGCCCACAGCACAGUGGCAUGUAUCGCAGCGUGCGAGGACUGCUGCCGGUUCCGCCAGGGUCCUAUUUCGAGGUGUUAUUUGCGCCACUCGCGGACGCUGAUACUGGUCCUCAGCCCGUUCGUUCCAUCGUUGAUUCUAAGGUCCAAGGACGAAGGCGCAAUGUGUCAGGGUCGAGCCGAGCACCCGCCAAGCGAACAGAGGUAGCUGCAGCAUGUGUCGGUAUCGCUCCGGAAGCAGAAGGCCCUUUGACGAACGCGCUUCUCGGAGGGCAACCCGGCAGCAUUGGUUUCCACACAAAAGGCUAUGUCGUACGAUGGAACGCCGAGCGAAAACUUCCUGAAUGGCACCGAGUCGUCUUUCUUGGUGCGCCUGCCUCCAGUGUGGAAUCCGUACUGGCGAAAGCCGAAUCAGUCAUUGGGGUCCUGCGAACGCAUUCGAAACGGGGGGUGCGAUUCUUCGUGAAUGGCAUCGAGGUGGUGCCGCUGCCGUCCGAACUUACCGAAAGCGUGUUUAACAACGGCGAGUGGUUGUGUCCGUCAGGUGAUAGAACCACUGAAUCCGACACCUUCAGGCCAAUCGUCAGCUUGUUUGCGGGCAGUGCGCGGGUUUACGCAGCUUUCAGCAGCGAUGCGUUGCGUUAUGCAUCCACUGCUGCAUCUAGUUUUGUCUCGUCUUCCUCAACGGAUAGCGCCUCCAGUCUAAGCCUACAGUGUCUGGACGGUGAGAGCGUAGAUUUGCAGCUGCCUUCGGCACCGGAAUGA